CAAAUGUCAAAAGUGCGUGAUUUGAUAGGUUAUGUUUUGUUGUUGUUUUAAGUGUUCAUAAGUAUUAAAGUAUAUUUAAAUAGUAAUAGUAUAGUUUAAAGUAACAAAUAGUUCAGCAAUUUCCCUAAGAGACAGAUUUUACAUAAUGUUGGGGUACUCCAAUGUCGGAAUUCCUGAUAAAUCCUGGCAGCCACCGGUGGCGGUCCUAGAGACUACAAUGGGCACAAUAAUAGUCGAAAUGUAUUGGAAACAUUCACCAAAUACGUGCAGAAACUUCAUGGAACUAGUACGAAGAGGUUAUUACAAUAACACGAAAUUCCAUAGAGUUAUAAGAGAUUUUAUGAUACAAGGCGGAGAUCCUACGGGAACGGGGAAAGGUGGUCAAUCGAUUUAUGGUCCGACGUUCGAUGAUGAGAUAACGAAUGAUCUGAAACAUACUGGAGCUGGAAUUUUGUCUAUGGCAAAUGCUGGACCUUCUACCAAUGGAUCUCAAUUCUUUAUAACAUUAGCUCCUACACAGUGGUUAGAUGGCAAACACACAAUAUUCGGGAGAGUGCAGGGCGGUAUGCCUGUUGUCAAACGAAUAGGCUUAGUGGAGUGUGACAAAAAUGACUGUCCUGUUGAUGAUGUUAAAAUCGAAAGAGCUUAUAUACCAAAAUAAAAAUAAUUUUUUACCCCUUA